CUGUCUCCAAACUGUAAACCCUAGUUCUGAUACCAAAUCUUGCCCUCUACGAACUCACUGCUGAACUACUGAAAGUCUUCAUUGUAAUGGCGUCUACAAUGAUUGAACCAGCAUCCAUGGAUAAGUACGAAGUUUCUCUUAAUCAAUCCAUACAAGAGUUAUUGGACCAGCAAAGCAAAUCAAACAUCGUUCACAAAGAUUUCGUGUCGAAUUUCUAUGAAUUAAUGCAAAUUCGAGCAAACCCACCUGUCGAAACGAUAUGGGUUUACUCUGCUUUAAAGUUUCGGAGCUCAAAUCCACCAAAAGACGAGCUAUUGGGUCGAUUAGAAGCCAUCAAGAACUUGUUUGGGUUAAUUUCAGCUUGUUCGGUUUCGUGUUCUUCUUCAGAAAGCAUUAUCUUGAUGGCUCCGGUACUGUAUGAAUUGCAUAACUUAGUUGUUGAUAUGAAAUCCCAAAGCAUCAGUUCUAAGACAGAGAAAAAGGUAAUGCAAGGGAUUAACUCUUUGUCUGCUUCAAUCCUUGCGUUUAUUAACAUCUGCUGCUCUGGAGAUCAUGCUGAAAAAUGUCUUAUUCGACCUUUAGAAGAUUUAGUUCGAGUUUGGAUAGGUGGGGAUGAAAUUGGUGGUUCUAAGUUGUUUUUCCCACUUUUGAGUGAUGGAAUUAUUCAGUGGCUCAGUGAAGAAGACAACAAUGGUGCUGAUGAGCUUGCUGGGGCAGUGAUCAUGGAGGCUUUUCUGUUUAGAUUUUGCUUAGAUAUAAACAGAGGAACUUCAAAACAGGAAUUGCAGAAAGAUUUGAUAACUUGGUCUAUUAGCUCAAUAACCGGCUUCCACCAUGUUUACUUCUUUGAGAUACUAGUGAGGACACUGCUUGAUCAAACUUUGCCAGUAACCUCCCUUUUGAAAUCUGAAGAUGAGGGUUUUCUUAGGAAAAUUGUAUGUGAUGCUGUAAUAUUAUCUGCUUAUUCUUUGUGUUCGAAGAAUGCUGCACUUGCUAGAUUGAUUGUUACACAUGAAGCUGUAGAAAUCUAUAGGAGAAGCGAUGAUCAAGCGAAAGCCAUUUCUUACAUAAACGCGUUUUCUACGUCAAAUAUACCUUCUCAACUGAUUAAAUUGGUCAAAAAUGAGAUUGGUUUGAUUAGUAAGGUUGCUAAACCAAGUGGAUCCUCACCUAAAGCAUUUCUACAGUGGUUACUUAAACUACAGGAUCAGGGAUUUAGUCUAUUCGAGGAUGGAACUAUAGAAUCCCGAGCCAGGUUGGCUAUGGAGAAAUCUAAAUCAGAGGAUGAGUUAGUUAAAUCUGACAGAGAUGCGAAAUUCGAAGAUGACGACCUCUUUUAUGUAGAUAAGGAGGGAGAGGACAAAGUAGAUGAAGAUGAAGAAGGAGAAGAUGUGAAUGCCAAAUUUAUGGCUGCUGCCCAGAAGAUGAAGUUGGGUGAGAAUGAAAGUGGAAGAAAACGUAAGCAAGAAAAAAAGAAGCGAAAGGAAAAGCCGAUAAAGUUCACUAAAUACAAUCUGAGAGGGAACUCUGAAGCAUCGGAAAAGAUGGAUAGCGACAGCGAGAUUGAGAAUCCUGUCUCUAACGAAGAAGAUUCAGAUGAAGAUUGAAGGUUUUCCUGUUUCCAUCACUAAAUCUAGGAUUGAAUUUUUGUGUGAUGAUGUUUCGAUUAAUAUUGAGUUAAAAUGAGUAAAUGACUAUGAUCGAAUUCGAGGUUUUCAAAACAACUGAAGAAAGGGCAAUUUAGUUCAUUCUGAGGAUGUAGAAUCAAUGAGACAAACUCUUUCUAUUAGUAAAUUGAUAUUUCAUGAAAAGAUGCCUAUUUUAAGAGUAUUUUUAUGAGGAAUAAAAUUG